AAAAAUGGAUGAAAAUGCUCUAGAAGCGUCCUUAGAACUGUAUAAAGCCCAAUUAUCCCAAGUAGAACAAGCAAUUCAAGCUGCUGGAUCGGAGGAGAAUGCAGAUCUAAUACAACUGAGGGGCGAUUUACAGGAAUUAGUGUCUCUGACAGAGGAGGGACUGUUGUCUCUAAAAAAGAGCAACAUUCUCAAAGGUUUAGAGGGGAACGGUAAUGAGAACAACACUGGAGAUGAUGAAUAUGCUGCUUUCCAGGCUGCCAUAAAAGAGGAGGAGAAUUCUGUGAAAGAAACUGCUACAGAGGACACUGAUGAUGAAUAUUCCGCUUUCCAAGCUGCUCUGCGGGAGGAUUUAAUGUGUCAUAAAGGAAGUGAUUCUAAGGCUUCAGGUUGUUCUUCAAGCAAUGGCGAAAUAAUUAAAGGUCCAGAAAUAAAAGACAUAACAGAAGAAUUGGCGGAAAUAGUGGGAACUCUUUGUCGAGCGCCUUACAUGCACGAUUGGGGAUCGUCCAGUUACCAUAAUGCCAUGGUUACAGAUAUAAAGACAUCUGAUGAUAACGAGAUAAUAGCUUCUGUGUUGUUUUGUAACCCUACUCAUGAAGGAAUGCUUCCAUGUGAAUAUCAUAUAGAAGGAAAAUGUAAAUUCACCCCAGAUCAAUGCCGAUACUCUCACGGACAUUCAGUGAAGCUGGAAGAUCUCAGAGAGUACUGUGAACCGAACUAUAACUCCCUGAAGAUGGAGUCACCUUGUUUGGCUCUUUACACUGAUGGGCUUUGGUACAGGGCUGUCAUUGUUGAUGUUCUUGAGGAAGAUCACCAAUAUACAGUGUCUUACGAUAAUUACAAUGAUACUGCCACAUUGGAUUUAAAAGACAUUCUUCCACUUCACUCAACUGGCUCUGAUUCUAGUGAUGAAGAAGAGGAAAGCGAAGAUAAGGAGUCAAUGUUAGAAAAAGAUGAUUCCAGUGAUUCCUCAUCCACUGAGGAAGAAAUGAUUCCCAGAUACUUUAUGAGACCAAACCAAACCACUGAGGUACUCGGAGAAUGGGAGGAACAUACUAGAGGAAUUGCCUCAAAAUUGAUGGCAAAAAUGGGGUACAUAGUGGGACAAGGGCUUGGUAAACUUAGUCAAGGUCGUUCAGAGCCUGUUCCAAUUCAGCUUAUUCCCCAGGGAAAAUCCUUAGAUAAAAUUAUGGAAUUGAAAGAGAAAGCAGGUGAUCAAGAUAUGUUUAACGUCUCAAAGAAAAUGAAGAAGAAGAAAAAACACGGCAAGAUGACCACGAAAUCGAGAUCUGAAACUGUGACGUCUUCAAGUGAUGUGUUCCAUUUCAUAAAUAAAAAGUUAGGUGGUAAAAAAGGAAACAUCAAAGAGCUUAUACAUCACCAUAAUCACAAAGCAAAGAAUGCUCCAGUAAGAAUUCUUGAAAAAGAACUUUCUGGUCGCAGUGAUAGGAACUUAAACAUUCAGUUGCUUAAAACAGAGGAAGAAAUCAGAAACACAGAGAAGGAGAUUGCUCGACUUAAACAAGCUUUACAAAGACAUGAGAAGAAGGACGAAGGGAUGGCAAAACAGUAUCGAGCCAAACUCGCUAAAACUGAGCUUUACCUAAAAGAACUUAAAACAUCUGAAAAAACUAUACAGAAUCAUAAAACUAAACGAGGAAACCACAAAAAGUUAACUGUCUUCUAGAGGCACCUGUUAAUUGAAUACACAUGUACUUACUUAGUCCUUUUAAUUAGAUAUUUAAAUACCAUUAUAUGAUUUUAAAGUGAUUAAUCCAAAAGUAUCUUUUUACAAGAAUUUUUAUAUUGAAGUACCUCCAUUUUAAUCAGUAUAAUAUUUACUGGAGAAAUAUUGCCCUAUUUGUGUUACAGAAUAAACUAUGUGUGAUGGUUGUGUUAUCUGGUUAUAUCUUAGACUAAUAUCAUUUUAAUUAGACUAAUUAAUCACGUUUACCCCUUUAUCCUGUG